AUGUCUAGCAAGAUUUAUCAACGGCGGGAGAAGCAAUAUCUGGGCAUUCGCUUCUCUCCUUCCGGCAGGCCAUUGACGCGUUCAGCAAACUCCGUUGCACUGUUGUCCCCAUCCUCUCACACCAGUGACAAUAAGACUAUUGAUGAGACUGACUAUGUACCACUCAUCAGGGCACCCCAGCCGCAAUCUAGCCCUAACCUCGGAGCCCUUCAUAAGGUGAAUCUCCAUGAUAGACAUGCUAUCCGGCUUGCGAAUCGUCUCGAGCAAGUUCAGCUUGAACAUGAUGGUGUCAUCAACGUCGCUGGAUCAGCUGGAGGUGAAUCUACUAUUGCGAGUCAUAGCACGAAUUUGCGUGAGCAUGUCAAACUCAACACCGCCGGACUCUCCCGCUCAGCAAGGAAGGAUAGACACCAGUCGGAUUCAACGCCACAGAUGGCCCGCGCCAUUGCACCGGAUCUAUGUACAGAGAUUGUUAUCACUCCCGCUAGCCUCCGCAUCCAGCCUAAGAGAUCCAGCGCUGUUAACAUUAACGACUCUGUCGCCGUUCCUCCUACGACGAAAUGCGACAAAAUCCCCUCGAUUGCGAGCAAGUCCCGCAUCAGCACCACCAGUCGUGGUACCAAAUUGACCACUCAUGACACCACUGGGUUGUCCUUGAAGAAGCAGAGCGGUACUGCCACUAAUGGUAAUGGUUCCUCGAAGUCCCAGUCUCCGCUUACUUCAUCGAACCUGGCUCCUGUGAUGGUCGGGACUUGUAGUAUCAAUACUGUUCAUGCACCCCUUCGUCGUUCGGCGCGUCUGGCCGCGAAAACGGCGGCGACCGUUACUGCUGUUGAGGAGACUUGA